CGGCCUGGCAUCUUGUUCAUCCAUGGUGGAGGAAGGGUGAUGGGAAAUGUUUAUGUCGGUCUUUCCGCAGUCAGUCAUCUUAUAAAGGAGAUGGAUGCCGUGAUCAUCAGCGUCAAUUAUCGUCUUUCUCCAGACCACCCCGGCAUUGCGGCAGUCGAAGACUGUUAUGCCUCGCUCGUGUGGAUGUCGGAAAACCUGGAGGCGUACAAUGUCGACCUAGAUCGCUUCAUGAUCGCGGGGGUCUCUGCCGGUGCAGGGCUUGCCGCGGGAACGGCACUUCUUGCGAGAGAUCGCAAAGGACCAAGGGUCUGCGCCCAGCUGCUUGUCUGCCCAAUGCUCGACGACCGAUGCACCAACCUUUCGAGCCUCCAGUUUGAAGAUGGCAGGGGCUUCUACACUGCUUGGAACCGAUAUGCGUGGUCCUGCAUCCUAGGCUCUCACCCUGAAACUGACGACGUCAGCAUCUACGUCGCCCCUGGACGGGCAAAUGACCUGUCAAACCUCCCCCGCGCUUAUAUCGAUGUUGGAUCGGGUGAACCAUUUCGCGAUGAGAAUAUUUCAUAUGCCAUGAAGUUAUGGGAAUGCGGCGUGCAAGCCGACUUGCAUGUUUCUGGUGGAGGGUGUCACGGCUUUGAUUUGUUUUUCUCCACAGAGCUGGGGGCUGAGGCCAUUAGGACUAGAAAUGGUUGGCUGAGGAGGAUACUG